UCUGAACUCUUCUUCCAGAAACUCCUGCAGCGGAUUGAGGAAUUAGAGAAGAUAGUCAGAGACCAGGAGGAAUUCCUGGCACCCUUCAGUCGCAAGAUGACUCUGUUGUCUGCUGGAGAAGAAGUCACCAUGGUCACCUGGGAGGAGCUGGAGCAAGCAAUUGCUGACGGCUGGAAGGCCUCACAAGGGUCCCUCGAGCCGGCACCAGGAGUUCUUAAGCACAAAGGGAAGACCUCCUCAACAUCAAUUGAUGCGAGUCCCACUAGAGCCUCCAUUCAGCCUUCGAGUAUUGACCAGGGUCUGGAUUCUGCCAGUGAUUUUGGCCCCCCUCUGACCUUAUCAGGAGCCAGUGGAUCAGGAUACCCCUCUGAAGGGGUUCUUAGCAGGGAUCGAAGCAGGCUGACCUCUGGUAGAGGACAGCCAAGGGUCCGUGAUGAAGCCGGCCUCGCAAAAUUCCCUCAACCCCCCGUGUCCCAGUUCAGAAUGGAGUCUGAUCAGUACGAGCCGAGAGAGCAGCCUGGCUUAGCACGUCUAAGAGGCGAUGGACAAGCUGCGUACGCUGGCCCAGUUCAACAGGAUUUACCCUUGACCAGAGAUGGACAACAGCUUGUGUACCCAGAUCGUUAUGGGAGAAUGAACAUUAGCCAGGGUCAAGUCUACGCAAGGCCAGAUCAGUAUGAAUUAGGGCCACCUGGCCUGGACCAGCGUGAGCGCUUGCCUCCUACCACUUAUCCACAUGGCAUAGUCCCCUUUAGAACAGAUCAGCUGGGUAUGAUGCCACCUGCAAUGAAUGAGCCAGGAUUGCUGCUGCCUGGCAGAGAUCAGCAAGGAUUGGAGCUACCUACUGCAGAGCAGCCUGCUGUGGUUCCACUUAGCACAGAUCAGCGUGGUGUGAGGCUUUAUGGCACAGACCAACGUGCUGUGGAGCAGCCUGCAAUGGAUGAGAGUGGUGUGGGACCCUUAGGCAGAGGUCAGCAAAGAUUCAAAAUAUUUGGCAUGGACCAACAAGGCCUGGUUCCACCUUUCACAGAUCAGCAUGUUUGGGGUGCACCUGGUUUGAUGCAAGUUGCUACAGAUGAGCAAGGUUUUGCACAGCCUAGUUUAGAAACACCUGGCUUCCUACAACCUGGCACACAGCAGCAAGAUGUGAUCCAGCCUGGUGCAGUUCAGCCUGGUUUGGUCCAACCUGGUGCAGUUCAGCCUGGUUUGGUCCAACCUGGAAUGGACCAGCGUGGUUUAGUCCAACCUGGUCCAGUUCAGCCUGGUUUGGUCCAACCUGGAAUGGACCAGCGUGGUUUAGUCCAACCUGGUCCAGUUCAGCCUGGUUUGGUCCAACCUGGAAUGGACCAGCGUGGUUUAGUCCAACCUGGUCCAGGUCAGCCUGGUUUGGUCCAACCUGGUGCAGUUCAGCCUGGUUUGGUCCAACCUGGUUUGGUCCAACCUGGUGCAGUUCAGCCUGGUUUGGUCCAACCUGGUUUGGUCCAACCUGGUGCAGUUCAGCCUGGUUUGGUCCAACCUGGAAUGGACCAGCGUGGUUUAGUCCAACCUGGUCCAGGUCAGCCUGGUUUGGUCCAACCUGGUGCAGUUCAGCCUGGUUUGGUCCAACCUGGUUUGGUCCAACCUGGUGCAGUUCAGCCUGGUUUGGUCCAACCUGGAAUGGACCAGCGUGGUUUAGUCCAACCUGGUGCGGGUCAGCGUGGUUUGGUCCAACCUGGUGCGGGUCAGCCUGGUUUGGUCCAACCUGGUGCGGGUCAGCCUGGUUUGGUCCAACCUGGUACAGUUCAGCGUGGUUUGGUCCAACCUGGUGCAGUUCAGCCUGGUUUAGUCCAACCUGGUCCAGGUCAGCCUGGUUUGGUCCAACCUGGUGCAGUUCAGCCUGGUUUGGUCCAACCUGGAAUGGACCAGCGUGGUUUGGUCCAACCUGGUGCAGGUCAGCGUGGUUUGGUCCAACCUGGUGCAGUUCAGCCUGGUUUAGUCCAACCUGGUGCAGUUCAGCCUGCUUUGGUCCAACCUGGAAUGGACCAGCGUGGUUUUGUCCAACCUGGUAUAGUUCAGCCUGGUUUGGUCCAAUCUGGAAUAGACCAGCGUGGUUUUGUCCAACCUGGUGCAGUUCAGCCUGGUUUGUUCCAACCUGGAAUGGAUCAGCGUGGUUUGUUCCAACCUGGAGUGGGUCAGCGUGGUUUGGUCCAACCUGGAGUGGAUCAGCGUGGUUUGGUACAGACUGGUGCAUAUCCACAUAGUUUGGUUCAACCUGGUGCCUAUCCACAUGUUUUGGUCCAACCUGGUGCAGGUCAACCUGGUCUAGUCCAACCUGGUGCAGGUCAGCCUGGUUUAGUCCAACCUGGUGCAGGUCAGCCUGGUUUAGUCCAACCUGGUGCAGAGCUUCAUGGCCAUGCGGAUUCUCGAACUUUUGUAUCACCACGCCCAUAUCAACAUGGUGUGAUACCUCCUGGCAGAGAUCAACAGAGACAGCAGUCACCACACCUAGCCAAGCAAGGUUUGAAGUCACAAGAGGGUUUGGUACCGACAGAAACUGAUCAACAAGAUUCGAUGCAUCCUGACACAGCCCAGCGUGGUUCAGUUCCAUUAAGCACAGGUGUGGAAUCUGCACACCCAGAUGAACAGCUUUUGGAAUCACCUGGCCCAGACCAGCGUGACCAUGCAUACUCUAUCCCAGACUCCCACUACCUGAUGUACCCUGGCCCUCAUGGCCCAGGGUACCCAGGUGUCGAGUAUGUCCAAAUAGAUUUGGGUCCUUACAGUCAGACUGUGCCAAGCCAAGAUGGCACCUUCCCCAGGAGUGCAGACUCCCUCGGAUAUCUCCGGAGGGUCUCAUCAGAACGGAGUGACAUCCCGAGCGGGAAACGCGACUCGCUGGAGAAAGUGGCUCCUAGCUUCCCCAUGGCGGUGGAGACCUUCCGGCUGAUAGGGGAGCUCAUCGGCCUCUACGUGGAGCUGAAGGAGAAAAUGAAGGACCUGGAUGAGGAGAGAGCUGGCCAAACGGACUUGGAGAAGAUCCAGCACAUGCUGGCAGUGUUGGUCCACAAGACCAUCCCCGCAGACCUGCCGGAACAGCUGAAGUCCAUAAAGAACUUGACCAGAGAAGUUCGGCAGGAAAAAGCGAAGAUGGAGAAGAUUCAAAGGCUCCUGGAGGGCCCAGGGGCCGAGGAAGUGGGAAAGGAGCUGAAACCUGGCCACCUGGGCUUGCAGCUGGGCAUCCUCAGGGCCUCCGUGGCUGACAUCGAGAAGGAGCUGGCAGAGCUGAGGGAGAGCCAGGAGCGGGGCAAGGUCAUGAUGGAGCAUUCGGUCUCCGAAGCCUCGCUCUACCUACAGGACCAGUUAGACAAGCUCAGGACAAUCAUCGAGAACAUGCUGGCCUCAUCGUCCACGCUGCUGUCCAUGAGCAUGGCCCCUGCGAAGACCCUGCCCACCGUCUUGGCGCCUGGCCAGAUUGACCCUCAGAGCACCUGCCCGGCCUGCAGCCUGGACUUCAGUCACCAGGUCAGCAUUCUGGUGCAGCGCUACGAGCAGCUACAGAACAUGGUCAACAGCCUGGCCGCCUCCCGGCCCUCCAAGAAAGCCAAGCUCCAGAGCCAGGAUGAGGAGCUGCUGGGCCAUGUCCAGAGCGCCAUCCUGCAGGUGCAGGGUGACUGCGAGAAGCUCAACAUCAUCACCAGCAGCCUCAUCGAGGACCAUCGGCAGAAACAGAAGGACAUCGACGUGUUGUACCAGGGUCUGGAGAAGCUCGAGAAGGAGAAAGCCAACAGGGAGCACCUGGAGAUGGAGAUCGACGUGAAAGCCGACAAGAGUGCCCUGGCAUGCAAAGUGAGCCGUGUCCAGUUUGACGCCACCACGGAGCAGCUGAAUCACAUGAUGCAGGAGCUGGUGGCCAAGAUGAGCGGGCAGGAGCAGGACUGGCAGAAGAUGCUGGACAAGCUGCUGGUGGAGAUGGACAGCAAGCUGGACCGCCUGGAGCUGGACCCUGUGAAGCAGUUGCUAGAGGACCGGUGGAGAUCCUUGCGACAGCAGCUCAAAGAGCGCUCGCCCCACUACCAGGCCGACGAGGCCGCCUGCAUGCGGAGGCAGCUCCUGGCACAUUUCCACUGCCUGUCAUGUGACCGUCCCUUGGAGACACCUGUGACUGGACAAAUCAUCCCCAUGACCCCCGUGGGGCAGGGCCUACCAGGGCACCGCUCCACCCGCCCCUACCUCAUCUUUGAGCUGGAGCAGAUCCGGCAGCAAAACCGCAACCUGAAGCUGGGCGGCGGCACCUUCCCGCGGGCCGACCUGGCGUCCAUGGAGCGCAGCGUGGGGCGCCUGCGCAGCAUGCACUCCAAGAUGCUGAUGGACAUCGAGAAGGUGCAGAUCCACUUCGGGGGCUCGGUCAAGGCCAGCAGCCAGAUGAUCCACGAGCUGCUGCAGGCCCAGUGCCUCAGCAACCCCUGCCCCAAACGGGUGUCAGAUAUAUCCGACUACACCUACUCGGCGAUGCCGCGGCGCUGUGGGGGCAGCCACACCCUCACCUACCCCUACCGCCGCAGCCGCCUGCAGCACCUGCCGCAGGGCCCGUGCCCCGAGGAGAUCCAGAUCGCCAUGAAGCAUGACGAGGUGGACAUCUUGGGCCUCGACGGGCACAUUUACAAGGGACGAAUGGAUAAAAGGCUGCCGGGCAUCCCGAGCAAGGACAGCUUAGGCAACACCAGGCACAAAGCCAAGUCAUCCCGGCCCCACGUGCACCGGCAGCCGACCCUCAGCGACAGCGGCCAGCUGCCCACGCGGCCCCGGAGCGCUCAGAUGCUGGCGGGCAACACCUCAGCUCCUCCUCGUCAGCGGACAGACAGACCGGUCUCCUCGGAGGGGCGCCUCUCCCAGACAACCUUGGCCCACCUGCCCAGCGCCAGGGAGCCAGCCGCGGGCCUGGAGAUGCCCCUGGACCUGCCUCCCGCGGAGGGGCAGGAGGAGCCCACCCGGGGGCCGAGAAGCAUGACCUUGGACAGGUGGCAGCUCGCAGACCCCUUGCGCCUGCAGCAUCACACCACUCGGCUCCGCAGCACCUGCCUGGGGCAGGCGGAGGAAGGGAUGCUGAGCGCGGGGGGGCUCUUCUGA